UUUGUUCCACACCGUGGCGAAAUCGCUUCAUGAGAUGUCCUCAUGUUAGUCAGAUCCCCAUGACACAUAUCCACACACAGACACACAGCCACGAGGCGCCGUGCCACGCAGCAAGGCUGCAGAGAUGACGGACGACAUUGUCGACUGCCGUCCGUCACACCUGACGCAUCGCUAUGUGGCGGUGUCCGCCUCUGGCUCAGCUGUGUCUGUCUUUCUCCUCUUGGUGGGCCGCUUGCCGGCGUCUCCGUGGUGGUGGGGUGUGUGUAGGCGGGACAGAUCCUGCACACCCACGUGGAUGCGACCCCGCUUCUCACCCAACACACCUACACCCAUUCACAGACACACAGACAGACAGACAUGGCUGUGUGUGCUCAUACGGAGCAUGUGUGAGCGUGUGUGUGUUGGGUCACUCACUUGUGGAGACGUUUUUGACUUUCUUGGGUUUGACCUCCUUGGGAACCUUGACGGCCGUGCGCCACCUGUACGCACACACGCACAUCCAUCCAUCCAUCCAUGUGGAUGGAACGGCCAGCAGCAGGAGUGGGCGUGUGUGUAUGUCCGUCCGUGCCCACCGCCUGUCCCUAUCCCUACCUGUCUUUGUCGGCCAUCUGGUGCCUGUCGAUGGUCAUCUCGAACGACGGACCCAUCUCAACCAACUCAACAUGAGGCAACUGAGCAUGGGAACAACACAACACAACACAACACAGCCAUCCACCCACCUCACUCCCUGCCCCCUCCAUGCCAUCCAUUCGCACCUCACCUUGCUGUCGGACUUUUUGAAGUUGACGCGAAAGUGCUGGAAGAGUAUGGGUGUGCUGCGGGAUGCCCCACCAGCAGAUGAGGGCGCCGGGCCGCUCAGCAGGCGGGCGCUGAGGCUGUCUGGCGCCUGUUCGAUGGACGACGAGAGGGAGGGGGGCAGGGCGGCAGACGAAUGCUGGUGGUCGAGGGCUGACAGGACGAUCAGAUGGUCAAGUCUGCACACACACACACACCCAUAGACACACACGCGUAACAUAUGGAGUGUGUCUGGGCUAUGUUUGUAAUGAAUGAUGGGUGAGUGCGUACCCUCCCAGCAGGAGCUCCUUCGGUCGUCCUCUGUUGAAGAGGUCUGCAGAGCAAAUAAAGCAUCCACCCACAAUGAGCGAAUGCCAAUCCCUCCGUCCGUCCGUCCUCUCCUUGGCUGAUAGACUACUGACCUGUGAGCAGGUUCUUGGCCGUGCCCAUCGUCUCACUGGCCUCAAAGGCAGGACCUGCACACACAACCGCAUACACACAUGGAUGGAUGGAUGGAUGACACUGGCACUCAUCGCAUAGCCUGGAUCUGUCUGCUCCCGUUUUACCUUGCACAAGGAUGAGUGGCUUUGAUCCAAGCUUGCAGGGCUCUACACCCUGAACACAUGAACACAACACAACACAGGCGAGCCGUGAAUGGCUCUUUCGCUAGAGGGUGCUUGCCUUAAAGUCUUUGUGUGAGGACGGCUUGUACUUCUGUAUGCUCAGCUCCAGCAUGUCCAGCAGCGUCUUGUCAAAGAUGCGACCCACAACCAGACGGAACGGACGCUUCUUGGACGUUGACCUGACACACACACACCGGCAGAUCCAUCCACUGGCCGCCUGCCCACUCACUGACUCACCCAAGUAGGAAGAUUCCGCAGUCGUUCUUCUCGCACAGGUACUCGGCUGACGAAAUGUCCUCGAAGGGGUGGAAGCCCUGGUGCCGUCGGGAGAGGUACACGCACUCUGGCUUCAACAGGUCGUGCUGACACACACACACAGGCGCAUGGCAUGCAGGGGUUGUCAUGGUGAGUGUGUCCAUGCCCACCAGAUCGGCCAGCAGCUGCUGGACGUCGAGGCCUGCCCGAUUGCCCUUCAUCAGCAACACUCUCUGACAGACAUGCAAGACACACACAACCCAACCACACAAACAGGGAGAUCUGACGGUGAGGAGGGAAUGCGAUGUCCAGCAUCUCUCCUUGUCCACUGAUCUGCUCAUAUAUCUGCCUACUCAUCCCCUGGCUCACUCACCUUGGCAUCUUCGUGGACCUGAGGCUCCUUGGCCUCCAGGAUCCGCUUGCCCUUCCGGGUCUUGGCCUUCCGGAGCAAAGACGACACAACCGCUUCCUUCGUUGCACUCAUGGAGCUCAAGAUCUGCG